GUAAAGAAAAGAAACCGAGAAAAAGAAUAAGAAAACGAAUAUCUUCUCCUCCUCUGUUUCUUGCAGUUCUUGAGAUUUGUACUUCAGAAACUUCACUCAUUACUCACUAGAAGUGUUUUUAGAGAUGGAUUUGUUACCAGUAGAGAAUACACCGUUGAAAAAACAGGGAUUCCGGUCAUUAAAACUAGUUAAUAUAAACAUGGAUGAAGUUUUUGAUACAAAACCAUAUGGUGUUGAUUAUGGGGUGCUUGAUAAUGGUUUAUCUUACUAUGUUCGGUCUAAUUCCAAACCUAAGAUGAGAGCUGCUCUUGCCCUUGCUGUUAAAGUUGGAUCAGUUGUGGAAGAGGAGGAUGAGCGUGGAGUUGCUCAUAUAGUCGAGCAUCUUGCUUUCAGUGCAACAACGAAAUACACAAAUCAUGAUAUUGUUAAGUUUCUAGAAAGUGUUGGGGCAGAGUUUGGUGCAUGUCAGAAUGCUACAACGUCGGCAGAUGAAACGAUAUAUGAAUUGCUUGUACCUGUCGACAAGCCUGAACUCUUAUCACAAGCUAUAUCAGUCCUAGCAGAGUUCAGUUCUGAGGUUCGAGUUUCAACAGAAGAUUUGGAAAAAGAAAGAGGUGCUGUUAUGGAAGAAUAUAGAGGAACUCGUAAUGCCAAUGGUCGGAUGCAAGAUGCACACUGGAAAUUGAUGAUGGAAGGAUCAAAGUAUGCAGAGCGCCUACCUAUUGGGUUAGAAAAGGUGAUACGAACUGUAUCCUCUGAAACUGUCAAGAGAUUCUAUGAAAAAUGGUAUCACUUACAUAACAUGGCAGUGAUAGCUGUUGGUGACUUCUCCGAUACACAGAGUGUGGUUGAUUUAAUAAAGAUGCAUUUUGGCUCCAAAGUAUCGCCAUCUGCUCCUCCUUUUAUACCAGAUUUCCCUGUCCCGUCCCAUGAGGAGCCUCGGUUUUCAUGUUUUGUCGAAUCUGAAGCUGGUGGUUCUGCAGUUAUGAUCAGCUGUAAGAUGUCAGUAGGUGAAUUGAAGACCGUGAAGGACUACAGGGACUCACUAGCAGAAUCAAUGUUUCAUUAUGCCCUUAACCAAAGGUUUUUUAAGAUAUCUCGUAGGAAAGACCCACCAUAUUUCUCCUGCUCCUCUUCUGCAGACGUGCUGGCACGUCCUGUAAAAACUUAUAUAAUGACUGCAACUUGUAAAGAGAAAGGAACUAUUGACGCUCUGGAGUCAAUGCUCACGGAGGUUGGCAGGAUCCGGCUUCAUGGAUUUUCAGAGCGGGAAGUAUCAACUGUUCGAGCAUUAUUGAUGUCGGAGAUUGAAUCUGCUUAUUUGGAGCGUGAUCAAAUGCAGUCAACUAGCCUGCGAGAUGAAUAUCUGCAACAUUUCCUCCAUGGUGAACCUGUUGUUGGGAUCGAGUAUGAGGCGAAACUGCAGAAGAGUCUCUUACCUCAAAUUUCGGCUGUGGAAAUAUCGAAGUUUGCUGAGAAAUUUCGAUCGUCAUGCGGCUGCGUUAUUAAGACAGUUGAACCUCGUCUUCAUGCAACAAAAGAUUAUCUGAAAAGCUCUGUUUCAAAGGUCAAUUCUCUCGAGGAACAAAGAAGCAUUUCUCCUUGGGAUGAUGAACACAUUCCGGAAGAGAUUGUCAGCACAAGGCCAACUCCAGGGAGCAUUGUGGAGCAGACUGAAUGUCCAAGUAUUGGGACCACGGAAUUACUCUUAUCAAAUGGAAUGAGAGUUUGCUACAAGUGCACAGACCACCUUGAUGACCAGGUUCUGUUCACUGGGUUCACAUACGGGGGUCUCUCUGAAUUGCCAGAAAGUGAGUACUCUGCGUGUUCCAUGGGCUCAACUAUUGCAGGGGAGAUUGGUGUAUUUGGUUACAAACCAUCUGUCCUCAUGGAUAUGCUGGCUGGAAAGAGAGCUGAAGUUAGUACCAGGAUCAGUGCCUACAUGAGGUCGUUUUCUGGUGACUGCUCACCUUCUGACCUUGAAACUGCCCUGCAGCUUGUCUAUCAACUUUUUACAACAAGUGUGGUACCAGGUGAUGAAGAGGUACAACUAGUUAUGGAAAUGGCUAAGGAAUCGAUUCAUGCUCAAGAAAGGGACCCUUACACUGUGUUUGCAAACCGUGUCCGGGAACUUAAUUAUGGGAACUCCUACUUUUUCAGGCCGAUCAAAGUUAGUGACCUUCAAAAGGUUGAUCCUAGAAAAGCUUGUGAAUAUUUCAGUAGCUGCUUCAAAGAUCCAUCAACCUUUACCGUUGUGAUUGUUGGAAAUCUGGAUCCUGCUAGUGCACAUCCUCUAAUUUUACAAUACUUGGGUGGUAUACAGAAACCCACUGAACCAGUCUUACAUUUCAACCGAGAUGACUUGAGCGGCUUGCCUUUCACUUUCCCGGAAACCAUUAUUAGGGAAAUAGUUCGAAGCCCUAUGGUGGAGGCACAAUGUUCAGUCCAGAUAGCAUUUCCAGUUGUGUUAAAGAAUGGCUCAAUUAUGAGAGAGAUUCACUUUGUUGGAUUCCUAAGCAAACUUCUGGAAACUAAAAUCAUGCAAGUUCUUCGCUUCAAGCAUGGACAGAUUUACUCAGUGGGUGUUUCUGUAUUUCUUGGUGGUAACAAGCCGUCAAGAACUGGGGACGUGCGUGGUGAUAUCAGUGUUAACUUUUCUUGUGAUCCUGAUAUCUCAUUAAAACUGGUUGACCUCGUUUUGGAUGAAAUAUCACGUCUUCAGGAAGAAGGCCCAUCAGAUCAAGAUGUUCUGACUAUCCUUGAAAUCGAGCAACGUGCCCAUGAAAACGGGUUGCAGGAAAACUACUAUUGGCUGGAUAGGAUUCUUCGAAGCUACCAAUCGCGAGUCUAUUUUGGUGAUCUUAGUGUUUCUUUCAAGACUCAAGAUGAUGGACGAGAUGAAGUCAGAGGAUCUUUAAAACCAUUAACAGCACAAUUAUCUUUACAACGCAUACUGCCUUUCCCCUGCAGAAAGCAGUACAGUGUAGUGAUUCUUAUGCCCCAAGCCUCACGCUUAAGGCGGCUUAAAUCUUUAUACCGGUCUACAAUAAACAAGUGUAGCACAAACGCAAAGGUUUUGGCAGCAGUUGCUGGUGUAACAGUUGUAGCCUUCACUUUGUGGAAACAUUCAAGAUUUACUCUCAGAUCUUAGGAAAGAUUAUCGUGAAACAUAUUGCAGAUAAUUGAAGAUUACAAACACAAGGAAAUUAGAGAGACAAAUCCCCAUGCGCAUAUCGACGAUGGAAAAUGGGCCGGUGUUUAUGCCGACAUUGCACUGUUGCAGAGUAGAGCAACAUGUUGCCGGGGAUCAUCUACUCUAUCGAAGUCAAAGCAGGUUGUGUAAAGGGUUUAAAUUUUACCACUUUGUAUUCUAGAUUUUGUGAUCUCUAAAACUGAGUGGUUCGAUCAUCUUGUAAUAUGAAAAUUUUUAGAAGUAACACAGUACAACAUUUACCUUAGAGAAAUUCUAAACGAUGUUGACAAAAAGAAAAUUAUAAGAAUAUAGUUAUUGAUGAUUGA